GUAGUACGUCUACUGAUCGAACAGGGUGCCAGUAUAAAUCGAGCAGACAGUCGAGAUCGUCAAGCGUUGCACUAUGCUGCAUCUUGUAGCCAGAAUGUGGUUGCGGAGACGCUUCUGCAAGCAGGUGCCGAUCCAAAUGCUGCUGACGUCGAUGGUAUGACUCCCUUGAUGGAAGCGUGCGCAAGCGGUCAUGAGCUCGAGCUCACCACACUCAGCCUUCUGGAAUAUGUAAUUUUUGAAUGCUCGGUACACACUAAUACUCAUUUAGCGACAGGCUGA